AUGCUUUCAAGAGGUGGUGACUCGUCUCCUAAAGGAUCGUCCUCUUCUUGAUGACAGCUUGUUCAUCGAUCAAUCGGAGAUGAUUUACUUGAUGGAUUCACGAUCUUUUUAUCGCAAAUCAUUCAUCAAUUUUAGUAGCAAUGCUCUACGAAUUGCAUUGACGAGAUUUUCGUCAAUGAUCUAGUGAUUCUAAUUGCUUAAUCCUUCACCGGCAAUCUAUAGGAAAGUCGUGAUAAUUAGAUAAAAAUAUAUGAAUUUUGACUCUUAGAAGAUUUGAACCCGCACCGGUCGCCUACCUCUUCUGAAAAAGGUGUGACGCGGGUUUAGUCCCACAUCAGUUGUGCACCGAUUUUUCAGACAAAUAUAUAGUAAUGUUAGCUUUCUAGGCAAGUCACUUCUUUCGCGUAUACGACCACUCCUUGCCCCACACCUGCUGGCCACCGGUGACGUGGAAGGGGAGUGGCACACACGUGCCCCUAUCAAUCCAAGCCAAGUUGCUCGAGCCCCUGCUCGUGGCUAUUCCUCGACUAUGCUUUCGACCCACUUACAGGCCCGACUGGCCAGCCCCCAUUUUGCAAUAUUUUUAUUUUUAUUUUUUGUUCUUCAUUUAUCUCAAAAGUAAGACUAUAAAAAUUGUAUAAAAUUACAUAAUUACCCAAAAAUUCACAUUAAUCAACUAAAAACUACUUUUCACACUUUAAAAUAAAUAUGUCUAUUUAUCAUAAGUUAAAGCUAAAACUAUAUUAUUUAAUAAUUAUUAACUCAUGAUAAUAAAGACUUAUCACACCCCCAACUUAAAUCAUUGUUAGUCCCUUAGCAAUAGAAUUAUGAAAAUAAAAUUUUACAAAUCUCAAAUAUCAUAUUUUAAUACAGAAAAAAAAUACAAUUAGAAAUGAUGCACCUUUAAAUACUUUGAAUUCUUAUAUCAAGUAUUUAAGAAUGAUGUCAAGCACUUAAAUGUUUAAACACUCAUUGGAAUAACAAUUUAGACUUCACUUCUUUUAUUCACAUCUUUAUCACUUCUUCACUCAUAGAUGUAAUUUACAAGAUGUUUCAAUUAUCAAUACUCAUCCAAGAAUAAUAUUGAUCCUACAAUUUUCUUUUUUUAUGGCUUGAUUUUUGAAGUUUACAUUAUACUUCUUCCUUUUAUAUAUAUAUAUAGUAGAUAAGUAGUUUUUUCUGUAGACAAAUUUUGACAAUAAAAAUUAUGUCUCACACCCUCUAUGUGUACUCUUAAUUUCUAGAUUUUUCACAUAACUCCCUCUUUUUUUUUUUCGAAAUAAGUGAUUUUUCCUCACAAGUCCUAUAGAUCAGGGUGCAAAAAUCUCCAUUAAACUCAAAUGAUCAAUCAAAUUUUUACAUCAAGUAAAUACUAUUCAUCAAGAUCAUGAAGUGAAAAUUAGUAAAAUUAAAUCCAUGUUAUCUAUCAUGUAUCCAAAGAGUAUUCCAAUAUUUCAUGCUACUAAAUCAUUCUUUUGACUUAAUAAUAAUCUUCUUAGUAUCUAUUUGAUAUCAAUCAAUCUAAUUGAUUUAAUUUUUCAUGUAUGUAAUAUGAUGUAAGAAAUUUAUAAAUUAGAUAGUUCUGAUAGUUCUGUUUUCUAUUUUCAGUUCUAUUUUUAGCAUAAUAAAUUUGUCAAAAAUAAAUCAAAACUAUCAUCUUUAUAGUUGUAAUUUUGAAUUUUAGUAAUAUAUGUCUAGGGGAUUGAAAUGUGAGAAAAGGGUCUCUAGAAUUUCCAAUUUUAGGCUGUUUUUUGUCUGCUGUUUUUGACAGUCUGUUGUUCUUAACAGAAAACCAGAAAAAUAAAUGUUGUAGUUUUUCCGAAUUUUAUUUUAUUUUUAUUUUUUUAGUUGUUGUUCUAAGUUGAAUUAAAUACAAACACAUGUUCUUAAUCGUCCUACAGCAUAAAUUAAUAAUGAAUACUUCACCCCCCAACUUAAAAAUGACAUUGUCCUCAAUGACACAGAAAAGUCAAAAUAGAAUAUGUAGAAAAUAUAAUUUUCAAGUGA